GUGAAACAGCGGAACGAUCACGUAUUAAUGCCGGGAGUAAAUACAAGUUGACGUAAUUUUGUGAAAUAAAGAGUCAUUAUAAUUGUAUUUUGUAAUUACUAUUGUAUGAUGUGUUAUAUUAUUUCAACAAAUACCUACAUCUGAAACCUCAAUGAACAGCUGCUAAAAAUGGUGCGACGAAGGGAGGUUUGACGCAAGCAAAAGGUCAAGUUCAGUAACUCUAGGGAGUCAUAAACAGUUAAGCAUUCCUUCAUGGAGAAAGACGAACCAUUGAAGAACCAAGAAAUCUUUAUGUCCAUGACUGUACGAGACCAUUCCAAGUUCCAUGAAUGGUUCCAGGAGUGACACGUCAAAGGAGUGAACUGAUGACCUACUGCUAGAAAAACAUGGGUAAAUCAAAAUUAAAGAGAAAGAAAUGGACAAAGAAUUUAAAAGAUGAACCAAAAGAUUCAGGCGUUCCUAUACCGAAUCUACCAGAAAAGUUUCUUCUGAUGCGUGUGAAAAGUGGCACGAAGAUCAGAAACGUUUUAGGAUAUGCAUUGAAAGAAUUUUCAAAAUACAAUAACGUUGUUUGGACUGCAGCAGGUCAGGGGAUUGGAAAAGCCAUUUCCUGUGCGGAGAUUUUUAAGAAGAAACAAGAAAACCUUCAUCAGAUUACCAAGUUGCGUUACGUCGAAUCGACGAAAUCGAUAACGGAAAAGAAAGGUGAUUUGAACGUAGAAACUCGCCAUGUACCGGAAAUACACAUUCUGUUAGCGAAAGAGAUAAAGGACACAUCAGAACCUGGUUACCAAGCACCCGAUGAUUGUGGAGAAUUUUUAAACGAUGAAGAUGUGAAAAAUAACAAAAAAGAUAGGAGACAGGAAGCUGGUAAUAUGUCCUGCAUUGACGCUGAGGAAUUUGCAGCUAUGGGCUUGAGAACGGGUCAAAAAAGACCGAAAAAAGAGCAGCAAGCUGAAGCGCCACCUAAAAAAAAUAAGAAGAGAGAUGGAUGAACGACUAUAAAAAGAAAAUGAGUUACAUUGUAAAUAAACUUAAAAAAAAAAUACAUAACAAAACUCUGAUUGUAUACCUUUUGAUUAGUAGUCCAAGUAUUGAUAUUAAAUAGAAAGUUUAUUCUUCACCAGUACAUGUAUAUUUGUUACAGACAAUGUGGUCUUGAUUUUAGUUACUUAAAUGUCAUUUUUUGUUUAUUAUUUACAAAUUAUAUAUACAGAGUUAUAAUAGGUACGAAUAGACAUUGAAAAUUUUUAAAAAAAGCUACUUGCAUUAAAUAAUUACCAAAUAAAAAUUUUUUUUUUAAUUUUUCAUCAUUGAUGAUAAAUGGAAAUGGGAACACUUUCUAGUGCUGUUAUUGUUGCUUAAUAAUCGUGUAUCAAAAUGGUACAAGUUUACAAACAUUCACGUGAUUUACAUACUGAUGAAAUAAAAAAUUGCAAAUUUAACAGUAUUCUUAACACUUUUAUAACUUUAUAUUAAUUGUUGAUGAAAACUAUUUAUUGCAGCAGUAUUCGGCAGUAGUAUAGAUAAUCUUCCAAUACUGAUAUUGCUUUUCUCAAUAAGAAAUCUAGAGGAUACUUUCAAUGUUGAUUGACAGUAAUUAUAACGCUAAAAUUAAUACAAAAUAAUAGUUACUCGCAUUCUCUAGUCUUAUUUCGGAAAAUAUAAGUACCGAAACAAAUGAUAAAGAUAUUAUUUUUCAUAACUUUGAUAAGUAUUGUAGUAGUUUUCGAUUAUAAUUUGGAAAUUUGUAAUUUUACAGCUUACAUUAAUGAGACUACAGACAUACCAUCUUAUCGGUAGGUUCUGUUUAGAUAUAAAAAGGCACAUAAAAUUACAAAAGUCGUAGAUUCAACAAAGCAUGCGGCCAUCAAAGUGUUAAUAUCUUAGUUAAUAACUGAUUAUGAUAUUGUAAGCUGUAACUGGAAAGAUAUGUUCGAAGUUUUUAAUUUAUUACCACGUAAAAUAAAUAUAAUAUAAAUAAA